CGCGGGUUCGCAGCGCGACCUCUACGCCCGCGCCGCCCGAGCCCGGCUACCUCGGAGGAGAGGACGGCGUCCUGAGGGGGUGGUGACGCUCGGGAUUCCGGAAGCCCACCCUUCACCCGGAAAUGAUUGUGGAGGAACAUGGCGUUGCUGGUGCGAGUCCUUAGGAACCAGGCUAGCAUCUCCCAGUGGGUUCCGGUAUGCAGCCAGCUGGUAUCAGCGUCCCCUACCCAGAGGCAGUGGGGCAGGGCUCCGGCCAGCACGUCUCAGCGGCCCCAGGUGAAUCAGGCGCACUUCUGUGCGGGAUCAGAGCAGACCGCUGGAGUGGACACUCUGCAGAAUAGAAAAUACCACACUGCGAGGAGGAAGCUUUCUGCUCCCCAAGAUUUCCCGAAGCCUGUUGAAGAGAAGGUUGGUCCCUUCACGAAGAUAAUAGAAGCCAUGGGAUUCACUGGACCUUUGAAAUAUAGUAAAUGGAAGAUUAAGAUCGCAGCCCUACGCAUGUACACGAGCUGUGUGGAGAAAACUGACUUUGAGGAAUUCUUUCUGAGGUGCCAGAUGCCUGAUACAUUCAACUCCUGGUUUCUUAUAACCCUGCUUCAUGUCUGGAUGUGUCUAGUCCGAAUGAAGCAGGAAGGCCGGACUGGAAAGUACAUGUGCCGGGUCAUAGUUCAUUUCAUGUGGGAAGAUGUGGAGCAGCGAGGCAGAGUCAUGGGGGUCAAUUCCUAUAUCCUAAAGAAGAACAUGGCCUUCAUGACAAACAAUUUCUAUGCGUCAAUCUUGGGGUAUGACGAGGGGAUCCUUUCAGAUGACCGUGGGCUAGCUGCUGCCCUCUGGAGAACCUUCUUCAACCAGAAAUGUGAAGACCCUCGACAGCUUGAAUUGCUGGUGGAAUAUGUGAGGAAACAGAUGCAAUACCUGGACUCCAUGAACGGCGAGGACCUGCUUCUGACAGGGGAAGUGAGAUGGCGCCCUCUGGUGGAGAAGAAUCCACAAAGCAUCUUGAAGCCCCAUGCUCCUACUUACAAUGACGAGGGUCUUUGAGAGACUGGUCCCUCUGGACGGUUGGCUGGCUGGUUUUGAGGAAUCCUCCAAGGAAGAAGUGCCUAUUUGUCCCGGGACCCUGAAGAAGGUGGUCUGAAUUGACUUUUGAACAGCACCUGUUGAAUACUCGGCCCGUUUGUGUUGAGUUUCUUCUUCCUGAUCCCAGGAGACUGAUCCGGUGGGGGUGCUGCUGGGAGGUCCUCUCGCUCUUCUGACAUGUCCCCUCCUUCAAGAGAAGCCCCAAGCACACUUCCCAAGUCCCUCCAGCAACACGCGUGACUGAGAGCUCUUUGCGAAGGCUGAGAAAGGGAUGGGUAGGUUAGAAAGGGGUGCCCUCAUCAGGGGCCCCUGUCCCUGGAAGCAGCUUAUAAUGCUUCUAAGUCAAGACGGUGACCAUAUACUAUCCCCCAGCUGUGAGCCAUGCGGUUCAAGUAGCCAUUAAAAAGAGACGUUUUCUGCCAUGGUUCUUCUUUGUUCCAGGAUCUUUUAGAAACAUAGGUAAAGCCGGGUGUGAUGGCACAUGUCUUUAAUCUAAGCGCUUGGGAGGCAGACACAGGCAGAUCUCUGAGUUUGAGGACAGCCUGAUCUACGGAGUAAGUUCUAGGACAGCCAGGGCUACACAGAGAGACCCUGUCUCGAAAAACCAGAAGAAAAGAAGGGAAAUGUAGGUGAGAGGCAGGAUGCGCCAAGCUCAAGAAUUAACUCCAGCUCAGUUAGAGGCGGCGAGAGAGGUAGGUCAGGGACUCUCUGCUCUCCUGUCUCCAGGUCACAGAGAGGAGUCACUGCCUGGGCAAAGCACGGUCUGUGGGCAUGUUCUCUGGGACUCGGGAGGUCUCUGAGGAUCAAGGGGCUUGUACAUCCUAAGUCAUUUAGAAAGAACAAAAGUCCCUUUGUCACCCAGAGUGAACUGGGGAAGGAACACACUGUGUCUCUGCUCUCUCAGCCUCCCUUUACAUGAGAUAGUGUGGCAAAGAGUAUAUUCUUCCUGGCCUGUUGGUACCACCCCAAGCACCCGCCAUAGGCCAGCUGCUGCCCGCUCCCCGCUGUGUAAAGCAUGUGCUUUAAGGGGCACUUGAGGGGCCUCUUCUCUCCUCUCUGAGAGUUUGGGUCAUCUCUUGGAAGGUUUUCUGAAAUUGAGGAAAGGGGUGGGACCCGUCUCCCCCCUCCAGCUUCCUUCAUUGAACUUGCUAUAAAAUGAGUCAUAUAAAGAAACUCUAUACUGUGAGGUAUACGCCACUUCUGUGAAAACAUUACAAAUCAAGCCGCCCUCUUGGUUUAUUUAAGAUGCUUUUGUUGCAAGCGGGGCUCUGGGGUGAAGCGUCCUCUGUGAGUGUGAGAUAAUAGCACCUUGUAACUCAUUACAUCUGGGCACUAUUUACAUAAACCAGAGGCGAGCCAGGCAGGAAUUUGCUGAUUAAUUUAUUUUUAAUGGAGUGAAGUAUGCCAUGCACCAAAAUAAACUUUACUGUGUGUACCUAA